AAACGUUUAACUAUUCGCAUCGGCCGUCCAUUCAUACCAUAUUUUUUACUCGGAUUCAUUAAUAGAACUUAACUGCAACACAAACUUCUAUCGGUCACUCGAAACUUUCCACGUGACUACUUAUUUCGGGAUUUCAUUCUUCUACGCGUCGUUGCUCCGUGAAGAAAAAGUGCUCGAAAAAGUUUUUUUUACCUGGCCGAAAAAGGUGAAUAUCACAAGAAAACAACAUGUCAUCCGCAAGUGUUUCUCGCUAUAAACGUAAAACAGGAAAAGAAAACAUAAGCUUGGAAAAUGCUGUUCUGGCCGUCAAAGCCAUUCUGUUGAACAACGAAAAGUUAAGACCAGUGGCACGAUCUUACAAUUUUCCUCGAACAUCUUUAAAACGAUAUGUCGACAAAGUGAAAGAGGAUUAUCCAGACAUUUCUACUAUCUCUGACGAAAAUUUGGCGAAAACUAUAAAACUGCUGGGAAAUUUUGCAACAUGCCAAGUAUUUUCUGAUGAACAAGAAGAAGCGUUGGUGGGCUAUAUAAAAAAAUGCUGCGACCAUUAUUACGGCUUGAGUAUCGUUGAAAUGAGGCAGCUGGCGUACCAAUAUGCCAACAAAAUUGGUACCCAUUAUCCUCUAACGUGGAAUGUCAACGGAAUGAGUGGACGUGAUUGGUAUUAUGGUUUUAUGCGUCGCCAUCCACAACUUACACUACGCACGCCUGAACAGACGAGCUUGAACCGCGUCAAUCCAGACAUUUUCAUGGAUUCGGAUUAUGUGCAAGCGGCGUUCAGUGGCGAAAAUGAUCGAGCAGUUCGGGAAGCUGAAGUCAAUGAAAAGGACUCAUCGCGCCGCAUAGUUAUUUCAUGCGUUACUGAAAUUAACGAACGUGCAGAAACUUCGAGUUCUACUGAGCCAUCGGUAUCCACAUCCCGUGACACUUCUUCUCUUUUGAAUAUAAUCGGACCUCUGCAAGCUCCUACUUCAACAGCAAAAAAAUCAAAUCGAGGGCGGCGGCCAAUGAGUAGCACGAUUUUGACUUCGCCAGAGAGUCUCGACGCAUUGCGAGAAAAACAACGAGCGAAGAAAACAACUUCUGCACCUAAAGCAAAAAUACCAGCGAAACGUGGUCGUCCCCCAAAGAAACUGCAACUCUGAAUAAUUUGAUAUUUAGUGUAAAAUCCCAAAUAAUUGAAUAAA